AUGUCACACUCAUGUUGGGUAUGCAACGGCGGUACUGCACUUCUUGAUUUUGAUCUUGGCUACCAUAUGGGCAUCCAAGACAAAGGUGGUGGUGAGUUUCUCACGAGUUACUUCAUUGGAGGGUUGAAGAAAGAGCUUCGCCAGGACUUGUACUUGCUUCGUUUCGUUUCUGUUCAAGAAGCCUCUGUGCCAACUCUAAAACUGCUCAAGGCUAUGUGGUUAGGUAGGCCUAUUGAUCAUACUCAUCAGUUCGAUUUCAUGAUUGCCAAUGAUGGAAUGGUGCUUAGUCAUGGUUGUUCUCACGUUCAUUUUAGGGUCCAGGAUUAUGAUUGUGUCCACACGGUUUUUCCAAUUCCAUUGGGUAAUUGCAUUCUUGAUUUUGACCUUGGCUACCUUCUGGGCAUACGUGACCAAGGUGGUGGAUUUGAAGUUGAUAAUGGGCAUACUGGAAAAGAAGAAAAUUUCUGCAAGGCUUAUGGCCAAGAGCUUGAGUCAUUGAGAGCUUUACUUCUUUCUCCCAGGGCUCAUUCCAAGGGACUUGGAGCCAUGUGUUAG